CCGCCACUCUCGCUUCUCUCCCCUUCCUUCCUCUUGCUACAAAUCCCUACAAACCGCAUCUUCUCUCUUCUUAGAUGCUGAACCCACCUCCACAUCCUCAACCUCGUCCAACUCUCCUUCCUCGCACCUUCCAUCAUCGAUAUCAUCCCUUCUCUUCUCCGCUCAGUCCCUCUUCGCCGCCACCCAAAUCCACACCAAUCUCAUCAAAUCCGGCAUCCUCUUCUCCAUCCACACAAUUCGCCACCAUCUCAUCUCUUUAUACUCAUACUGUCGUCUCCCUUCCUCCGCCUUCAAACUGUUCGACGAAAUUCCCCAACCUGGCGUCGUAUCCUGGUCCUUCCUCAUUUCUGCUUACACCCGCAACGGCCAAUGGCGGGAAUCACUGCUUUCCUUCUCCAAGAUGCGAUCUUCCGGCGUUGGCUGCAAUGAGUUCACUCUUCCUUCCGUCCUCAAGGCCUGCUCGGCCUUGUCCGAUUUCACUGCCAGCAGUCAAAUUCAUGCCAUCGCAGUUCUGGCUGGAUUUGAAUCUGACCCAUUUGUGGCAAACACCCUUAUUAUGUUUUAUGCUGAUUUUGGUAAGAUCUUCGACUGUCAGAAGCUGUUCGAUGCCAUUAACGGCAGAAAUGUGGUGUCUUGGAACGCAUUGUUUUCUGCUUAUGUGAAGAACGAUCAGCACAAUAUAGCUGUUGAGUUUUUUAGAGAUAUGGUGGCGACUGGAAUGAGGCCAAACGAAUAUGGCUUUUCUAUUGUCUUAAACGCCUGCACGGGCUCUUAUGACUUGGAUCGUGGGAGGAUUGUUCAUGGUUAUCUGAUUCGGCUCGCCUACGAAUCCGACAGAUUUACUGCUAAUGCACUUCUGGAUUUCUACGCAAAAUUGGGGGAUAUUGACUCUGCCUCUCUCGUUUUUGAAGAGAUAUCUCAGCCUGAUAUUGUUUCAUGGAAUGCUUUCAUCUCCGGUUGUGUUCUUCAGGGGAAGGAUAUUCUAGCCAUGAACCUGUUCAACCAAAUGAAAGAGUCAGCAAUGCUACCUAAUGAGUUCACUCUAUCUAGCAUUCUUAAGGCUUCUGCUGGGACUACAAUGUUGGAUUUGGGUCAGCAAAUUCACGCCUUUAUGAUCAAAUCUGGCAACGAUUCCGAUAUUUUCAUUGGCGUCGGGCUCGUAGAUUUAUACGCAAAGUGUGAGCACAAUGGCGACUCAUUGAAAGCCUUCAACUUGAUGCAAGUUCAUGAUUUGGUUGCAUGGAAUGCCAUCAUCUCUGGUUACUCUCACAACAAUAAUGAUUCAGAAGCUCUCUCACUUUUUUCAAGCAUGAGGAAGGAUGGAUUUGGAUUCAACAGGACCACUCUGGCAUCAGUUCUUAAGUCUGUUGCUAAUUCACAGGCAUCCACAGCUUGUAAACAAACUCAUACUCUUGCGAUAAAAGCCGGGUUUCUCUUGGACCAACAUGUAGCAAAUGGUCUUGUUGAUGCUUAUGGAAAGUGUGGUUCGUUAGAAGAUGCAGGGAAAGCCUUCCAUGAAUGUCCCUCUGGUGAUAUAGUCUCCUUCACAUCAAUGAUAACUGCUCUUUCACAAAGCGGGGAAGGUGAGGAAGCCAUGAAGCUGUUCCAUGCGAUGCGCGAAAUGGAUCUAAAACCAGAUUCAUUUGUGUGCAGCAGCCUUCUGAACUCUUGUGCAAACCUAUCCGCCUCCGAGCAAGGCAAACAGAUUCAUACUCAUGUCGUUAAGAUGGGUUUUGUGCUCGAUAAUUUCGCCAGUAAUGCGCUUGUAAACAUGUAUGCUAAGUGUGGAAGCAUAGAGGAUGCAACCUCAGCCUUCUCUGAGAUUCCUGAGAGGGGAAUCGUCUCAUGGUCCGCCAUGAUUGGGGGUCUGGCGCAGCAUGGCCAUGGAAAGAAGGCCUUAGACUAUUUCUAUGGAAUGCUCAAUGAAGGCGUGCCUCCCAAUCACAUUACACUAACUAGUGUUCUCUGUGCCUGCAACUAUGGUGGUUUGGUUACAGAGGCUGAGAAAUAUUUUAACUCGAUGGAGGAGAUGUUCGGCAUCGAACGAACCUUGGAACAUUACGCGUGCAUGGUUGAUAUUUUGGGCCGUGCGGGGAGAUUGAGAUCGGCAAUGGAGCUCGUCGAAAGCAUGCCGUUCGAAGCAAAUGCUGCCAUUUGGGGGGCUCUGCUGGGGGCUUCCAGAGUUCAUAACAAUGUUGAAAUAGGCAUGAAAGCAGCUGAGAUGCUGCUCAUUCUAGAGCCAGAGAAGUCUGGAACACAUGUGAUCCUCGCCAAUAUUUAUGCUUCAGCUGGAAUGUGGAAUGAAGUUGCGGGCAUGAGAAAACUGAUGAGGGAAACCAUGGUGAAGAAGGAACCUGGGGUGAGUUGGAUUGAAGUGAAAGACAAAGUUCACACCUUUUUUGUUGGAGAUAGAAGCCAUGAGAGGAGGGAAGAGAUUUAUGCUAAGUUGGAGGAAUUGGGUGAUUUGAUGAACAAAGCUGGGUAUGUUCCUUUGGUGGAAACUGACCUCCAUUAUGUGGAGAAGUGGGAGAAGGAGACUCUUCUUCUACAGCAUAGUGAAAAGCUUGCAGUUGCCUUUGGGCUGAUAAGCACCCCUGCGAGCGCUCCCAUUAGAAUCAUGAAGAACCUUAGGGUUUGUAGAGAUUGCCAUGAGGCAUUUAAGUUUAUUUGUAAGAUAACUGAGAGGAAAAUAAUUCUUAGGGACAUCAACAGAUUCCAUCAUUUUCAGGAGGGGGCAUGCUCUUGUGGGGAUUAUUGGUGAAUACUUAUAGUAGCAUUCGUUUGAUGCUAAUUUUCAUGGAAUUUUUUUAAUCUUUUGUUAAAUAUUUUGGAAGACUUUUAGCAUUUACAGAUUUGAAUCUAU